GAUUCGGGUGCUCGCUGUCGACUGUAAAGCUGCAUGUCGGUUUCGUGAUGUAUCGCCAGCCUGUGCUAAAAAACAGGCGCACUCUCCUCGAGAGAGCAGAUAAAUUUAUCUCUGAUAUUUACUUCACGGACUGCAACCUGAGAGGACGGCUCUAUGGAGACUCCUGCCCGCUGGAGUCCCUCACCUCCUUCUUGUCCUCAAAACGGAUCACAUUCACAGAGGCCUUUCAGCAGACCUUUGCACCUCAUAAAGUUGGUGAUACCUUUGGACCCACGUGGUGGACUUGCUGGUUUAAGUUGACCCUGACAAUCCCAGAGUCCUGGAGAGGGAAAGCGGUUCAUCUUCUGUGGGAAUGCGAUGGAGAAGCAAUGGUCUGGAGAGAUGAACAGCCAGUUCAGGGCCUGACCAAAGAGGGUGAGAAGACAAGUUACAUCCUGUCAGACUGUCUGAGAGAUGAGGAGCCACACAGUGUCACCCUUUAUGUGGAGGUGGCCUGUAAUGGGCUUUUUGGAGCCGGCCAAGGGUCCAUGAUUGCAGCCCCAGAUCCAAACAGGAAGUUCUCUGUCCAGAAGGCUGAGCUGGUGGUAUUCAACCGCGAUGUACGGGAGCUGCUCACUGAUUUUGAGAUGCUGAUUGACAUCGUGAAGGAACUCGGAGAGGGAGAGCAACGAGGCUACCAGGCACUCUUCACUGUCAAUGAGAUGGUGAACCUCUGCGACCCCUCUGAUCCCAGCUCUUUCUCCAAAGCUCACAGUCUGGCCCACACCUUCUUCAGCCAGCGGAACGGGGACAGCCAGCACACUGCUCAUGCGAUGGGUCACUGUCACAUAGACUCAGCUUGGCUAUGGCCCUACGAAGAGACCAUUCGCAAAUGUGGCCGAAGCUGGGUGACCGUGAUCCGUUUGAUGGAGAAGAACCCAGACUUUGUUUUUACUUGCUCUCAGGCCCAGCAGUUCCAGUGGGUAAAGAGCUGGUACCCGGGACUCUUUUCCCAGAUCCAGCAUUACGUUAAGAAAGGACGAUUCAUUCCAGUUGGAGGAACAUGGGUGGAAAUGGAUGGCAAUCUGCCCUCAGGUGAGUCCAUGGUCCGGCAGUUCCUGGAAGGCCAGCGCUUCUUUAACCACGAGUUUGGGAUCCAUUGCAAAGAGUUCUGGCUUCCGGACACCUUUGGCUACUCUGCCCAGCUUCCUCAGAUAAUGCAGGGCUCUGGCAUUUCCAAUUUCUUGACACAGAAGCUCAGCUGGAACCUGGUCAACACCUUUCCCCACAACACAUUUUUCUGGGAAGGUCUGGAUGGCUCCAAGGUUUUAACCCACUUCCCACCAGGAAAUUCCUACAUAAUGAAGGGCAAGGUUGAAGAACUGAUGGACACAGUGAAGAAUAAUAAAGACAAAGGAAGAGCUAACCACAGUGCAGUGUUGUUUGGUUUUGGCGAUGGAGGCGGUGGUCCCACACAGUUGAUGCUAGACAGACUGCACCGGGUCCAGGACACAGAUGGACUUCCCAAGGUCCAGACUUCUAGUCCUGACGAGCUCUUCUCUCAGCUUCAGGCCGACUCAGCUCUGCUUUGUACUUGGACCGGAGAGCUCUUCCUUGAGCUGCACAACGGCACCUACACCACACAGGCUCAGAUUAAACGGGGGAACCGGCAGUGUGAGGCGCUGCUUCAUGACAUUGAGAUAGCCAGCAGCUUGGCGCUGUGUCGGAACAGGACUUUUCAGUAUCCUGUGGAAAAACUGCAGGAGCUCUGGAGGCUGCUUCUUCUAAAUCAAUUCCAUGACGUGAUUCCCGGCAGCUGUAUAGAGAUGGUGGUGGAGGAUGCACUCAGGUAUUAUGAAGAUAUCCGCAGGGAUGGCGCUGCACUGCUGCAUGAAGCCUUUGGAGCCCUGGGGUCAAAAGGCAACUCCACUGGUGUGUUCAACUCUCUGCCAUGGGAGCGCCAUGAAGUCAUCCAGAUUCAAGAUGACGCUGGUAGACCUGGUCUGGGUACGUUAUAUAUUUACAAUAUUUAUGUUGUUGCCUUACAAAGUACAACUGCAUAUUUGAUGCUCUGUGGUAUCUGUUGUACUGCAGCUCUGGUGAGAGUUCCCAGCAUCGGCUUGACCCCCGUCAAAGACACACAGCCUAUGGCUCCAGUCUCUGUCACUUCUCAAGCCGACGGCACUAUACUCAUGGAGAACGGGAUUUUACAGACUGUCGUAAACAAAGAUGGCACUUUGGCGUCGCUGUAUUUGAUCAAUGCUAAGAGAGAAGCCAUCUCUGACAGCUGUCAUGGGAACCAGUUUGUCAUGUUUGAUGAUGUCCCUCUGUACUGGGAUGCUUGGGAUGUAAUGGACUACCAUCUGCAGACGAGGAAGCCGGUUCUGGAGGUGGUGCAGCCUCCUCAUGUGGUGUCCUCAGGUGGGCUCCGAGGCAGUGUCAGCUUCACACUCAGGAUCAGUGACAAGAGCACUAUAAAGCAGGAGAUAGUCAUGGACGCCAUGUGUCCUUACAUCAAAUUCAACACAGAGGUGGAGUGGGCUGAGUCACACAAGUUUCUUAAGGUGGAAUUCCCAGUGCAAGUACGCAGCCCCAAUGCUACAUAUGAGAUCCAGUUUGGCCAUCUGCAGAGACCCACACACAGGAACACUUCAUGGGACUGGGCCAGAUUUGAGGUUUGGGGUCACAAAUGGGCCGAUUUGUCUGAGCACAACUUUGGGGUUGCACUGCUGAAUGACUGCAAAUAUGGCUAUUCAGUCCACAAGAACACCAUGACGCUGUCCCUACUGAGGGCACCUAAGGCACCAGAUGUCAAUGCUGACAUGGGGACUCAUCAUUUCACCUAUGCAGUCAUGCCACACACAGGAUCUUUCCAAGAUGCCUCUGUCAUCCAGUGUGCGUACAACCUCAACUUCCCUUUAAAGUCAAUCCAGUGCACUGCUGACACCGAGCCCUGGAGUGCUUUUUCCGUCAGCACUGCAGCAGUCAUCCUUGAGACCAUUAAACAGGCUGAGGACAGGAAAGGGGCACUUGUGGUCCGACUCUAUGAGUCACAUGGGAGCAGCGUGACUGCAACUCUCUGCACCACCCUCCCAGUCAGGGAAGCCUGGCAUUGUGAUUUCCUGGAGAGACAAUACCCCACCCAGCCAGCUCGCAUUACGUCAGAGGGAGUCACUCUGAACUUGAGCCCCUUCCAAAUUGUGUCACUUCUCCUCAUCUUGUAAAAGAUGCAGCUUGUAACCAAACCUCAGGGUCAUCACAAAUUCUAAAUCCUAAGCGUAGAAACUAAUUCAAUUCUAUAAAAUGUAUCCUCUGGUGAUGCAGUUUAUUAGGAUACUUUAGAUGGAAGGCAUCAGUUUGAGCUACUCGUGGAUGACAAUGUGACAAAAAUAAAGUAAUUACUUUGCAUCAAAUCAAUAAAAAAGUUUCAGAAUUUAUGUAAAAACACUUUUAUUAAAAACUAUUUGUCAGUGUAAAAACAUACAUCCCAUACAGUAGUGCCUCCUUUCUUUUUAUUUGCUGUUCUGCCUGGUCGCUCUCUCGCUCCGCCUCUGUGGACCUGCAACAAGGACUAUGAGAUUAGAAUUCUGUUGAGGUUUCUUUCCAAUAGUACUCCAGUAGGUUGUUUUUUUAUCAUUUUGAGAGAAUUUCAUGAGCUCACCUGUAGUUGGUUCUGCACUGCUGUCUUUCUUCCUACGUGCAGUUGGUCUCUUUUCAUGUUGAGGUGCGUUUACUUCUCGGGGCUUUUCGGUCCUUCUCUUGGAUACAGCUUCCUUUGAACGUGCAUCCUUUUCUUUCUUUGGUGUUUUGGUCACAGCUUCCUGUUUCACCACGUUCUUCUUUGAUGCGCUGCUGGCCACCUAAUGAAAUCAAACUUGUGUUUAGAGUUACAUCUGUGGAGUUCAUUACCUAAAGCAAAAAAAAAAGUGACUUAUGACCUUUUUCUCUUCUGUGUAAUCGUGCUCAUCUUCUUUCUUGGCUCUCUUUUUGGCCUUAUGUGCCUUUGAAUCUAUUGUGUGAAAAAAAAAUAAAAAAUACAAAUCAGUUUAUUCAUCGACUAUUCUCAGAUACAUUCCAGCUGAAGUUCUCAGUUUUAUGCAUUCAAAGUACCUUUAGGUGCCAUGGGGCCUGGAUCUCCCUAAAAUGAGAAGAGUACGUAUUAGUGUCAGUGACAUGUGAAACUCCGUGCCAGAGAGUUUAAAAUACAGGGUUUUCCUAUUGACUCACUUUGAACCACAUAGUUCUGCCAUUGUGGUCCCGUAUAGAUGUCAUUCCAUCCACAUAGUAACACUGCAGCCAUGCCUGAAAGUCUGAGUAGUCCGCCUUCUGGGGAUCGUAGCCCUUCCCACCUAAGAAAACAAAAUGUGUCAAAAACAGGAAAUUCAAUGUGUUAAUCUCUGAAUGAAAUCAUUAUGAAUUAGUCUUUCAAACAAAGUGACCAACCUUGGUUAACCACCUCUAGAGGUACCAUAUGACACAGUCUGAGCAGGUCACCCUUCUCCCCUUUCCCUUGUUUCUGUUUAUCGCCGUCUGCUGUCUUGUGUACAGAAGAAAGAAAGAGGCACUGUUAGAAAAUGUAAAGCGGUGAAUGUUGAGUGUUUAAUGAUCUGAAGAAAGUGAGUCACUGUCUGGGGCUCUUUCACCUUUGUGUCUUUGAUCUCAUUUUUAAAAGGCUUCUUGUCUUCAAAGACAUCUUCUGACUGCAGGCCUUCCAACACGGUCCUGGCGGACACGAAGGGUGGGAUGUUCAACCUAAAAAAAGAUGAACCACUUAAGACCCAUUCUUUUGUAAAACAGAAAGGCUCUUUUUGUUUUCAAAGUGCGUCAGAAUCAGUAUGCUGGAUAUAAGAAACCGAGAAGUGAAAGAAAGCCAUUCUUUUCAUAUCUGCAAGUAAACAGACCUUGAGUCUCAUGAGAGCCAGUUCUGUUUCAGUGAACAAUUCAAAACAUAGAAUCUGACUUUCUUCAAACCAGAACCUCACAGGAAAAACACUAGAGACAAAAGAAACCUUUUCGUAGUCUUUCUAGUGUGACCUUGAUUCGUGAAUCAUUGUACUAAAGCACUAAAGCAAAGCUACUCCCUGUUGCCUUCUUGCUAAUCUUGUUAUGUUUCUUUUUAAACUGACUGUUAGUCAAAGUCUCUCUGUACCAGGCUUUCUAUGUGCCUGCUUUCUCUCACUUUCUGUUCUUCGUAGCUACUAGUCACACCUAGCAAGCUACUACAAUGGCAAACUGGCCAUUUGAGAACAUCUGUAGUAAUAUUUGAUGUCUCCCUGUAAAUUAGUAAAUACUGUUAUCAUGAUUAGGGAUGCACUGAUCCAACAUUUUCUCUUCUAAUGCUUAUUCUGAUUACUCAACUCAGGUUAUCUGUCAAUUACAAAAUACCAAUCCAAUGUCAGUGCUUGCUUUUUCACAAAUUUCACAUCUCUAUAUGUCUGAAUAAAUGUAGCUGCUGGAGGAAACACUGA